CUCAUCCAAUGAAAAGUAAGACGGGGUGGGGCUAAGGUUAUGUAGCAAUCUGGUGCUGGAGUUGGUAAACAGCAUUGACCUCGUGGUACAAGCCAGACCGAGAAGAAGCAAACGGGAAAAGGUUUUGCAGAGAAUUCUGCAUAUCGUGGUGGUGUGAAACAAGCCCAUCAUGGCGACUGACAUGAUCCUGCUGAUGAGAGGGCUUGCCAAGCUCAGCAAGGCUGUCAUUGAGACCCAGGCUGGCAACCUGCGCCACAUCGCUGGCAGUGGAGAGGCACUGGCCAUGACAAGGACCAUGCAGGGCAGAGCAGAGGAGGGCCUGAGCAUGGCAAUGCAGACAAUGCAGGAAUUUGGCAAUCGACAGGAAAAUGUGUCAGAUGUCGGGGAAGAGUUCAACUCCAAGUAUGACUUUUCUGGUGCUGAAGAAAGGGUUGGGAACACAGAUUUUGCAAGCAGCAGUGCCAGAACUGAUGAGGCUUGCAGAGACAGUGGCAUUCCUUCUGAGGGAGCUGAACCCGGAGAGCCGAGGAUGUACAGCCAUGUUUCUGGGAAAACCAACAGCAAGCUCUUUGAGCACUUUCAGAACUCGGGUGGAAAGAUUUCAGGACAGACUCGCUCAUUCCACCAGGACCACUCAUCUGUUGGUGGGCUAACAGCAGAGGACAUUGAAAAGGCCAGGGAGUCUAAAAGCAAUAACUCCAAACCUCACAAACAGAUGCUAAGUGAGAGGGCAAGGGAGCGCAAGGUGCCAGUUACUCGAAUUGGAAGACUAGCAAACUUUGGAGGUCUGGCUGUUGGUCUUGGAAUAGGGGCUUUGGCAGAGGUGGCGAAGAAAACUUUGAGAUCUGAGGAACACAGUGGGAGUAAGAAGGCAGUUUUGGACUCCAGUCCUUUCCUAUCUGAAGCAAAUGUAGAGCGGAUUGUCCGUACCCUAUGCAAAGUUCGUGGUGCUGCUCUGAAACUGGGGCAAAUGCUCAGCAUUCAAGAUGAUGCUUUUAUCAAUCCCCAGCUGGCGAAGAUCUUUGAACGUGUUCGGCAGAGUGCAGAUUUCAUGCCAACCAAGCAGAUGAUGAAAGCUUUGAACAGUGACCUUGGUCCCAACUGGAGAGACAAAGUGGAGUACUUUGAAGAGAGGCCAUUUGCGGCUGCAUCUAUAGGUCAGGUUCACCUGGCAAAGCUUAAAGAUGGGAGAGAGGUUGCCAUGAAGAUUCAGUAUCCUGGAGUGGCUCAAAGCAUCAGUAGUGAUGUAAAUAAUCUAAUGACAGUUCUUAGCAUGAGUAACGCUUUGCCUGAAGGUCUGUUCCCUGAACACUUGAUCGAGGUUAUGAGCCGCGAGCUAGCCCUUGAGUGUGAUUACGAAAGGGAGGCUGAAUGUGCCAGGAAGUUCAAGGAGUUGAUGAAGGAUCACCCUUUCUUCUACGUGCCAGCAGUCAUCAAUGAGAUGAGCAGUCGACACAUCCUCACCACAGAACUGGUACCAGGGUUCCCACUGGAUAAAGCUGAGGAUCUUAGUCAGGAUCUCAAGAAUGAGAUCUGUGAAAACAUCCUGAUGCUUUGUUUGCGGGAGCUGUUUGAGUUCAGGUUCAUGCAGACUGAUCCUAACUGGUCUAACUUCUUCUAUGAUCCUCAGACACACAGGGUUGCCCUACUAGACUUUGGAGCUACAAGAGGAUUUGAUUUGGACUUUACUGAUGCCUACAUAGAGGUCAUCAAGGCAGCAGCUGAUGGGAAUCGAGAAGCGGUGCUGAAACGGUCCGUAGAUAUGAAAUUUCUUACUGGGUAUGAGUCAAAGGUGAUGGAGAAUGCCCACGUCGAUGCUGUGAUGAUCCUGGGGGAGGCUUUUGCAUCGGAGGAGCCGUUCAAUUUCGGCUCCCAAAGCACCACCCAGCGCAUCCACAACCUGAUCCCUGUGAUGUUGAAGGAGAGGUUGACCCCUCCCCCAGAGGAGACUUACUCCCUGCACCGCAAAAUGGGCGGCUCCUUUCUCAUCUGCUCCAAGCUCAAUGCUCAACUGUGUUGCAAGCACAUGUUCCAAGAGGCUUACACCAAGUACUGGAGUGGAAGGAAAGAUGGACCAAACAAGUGAUGAUGAAAAACUGCAGGCAUGUUGUUUUUAAAAGCCCUGCCAGACUUCUCAACUGUCAAUUGAAUGUAUCGUCUUGGAUUUAAUUAGGAAGUAAUACCAUCAACAACCAAAAUCAUGCAUAUGUUUGUCCGACAAGCCCCAUUUAACCCCCCCCCCCCCUUUUUUUUAAGCUUUGAAAGCUAUACUUAUUAAAGGAGAAAAAAACUUAAAAUAAAUGGAUCCAUAAACAGCAUUAAAUGCAUAUACAUGUAAUGGUUAUUUAAAGUUUGGUUAAGAUGGGAGGAGAAAAUGAAUAGGCUACAUCCAUAUAUGGGCAAAUACAGUUAAUAAAGUUUAUUUCUAAUGUAAUAAUGUGUAAAAUUAUCAAUAUUUUCUACACGUCCCUGUUGAACUGCACAUGUGGGGGCAUGUUUAGAGUCUGAGCUUAGACUAGCUGUUUGCAACUUGGAUGCACUGCAGUUACAUCUGAAGUGACCUGUACCUAUUAACCCCUAUUACAGCAGUGCUUGCAUGGGGUGAUGGGCAAAUCUUUAUCAGAAAGUGAUUCUAGGUUUUUAAUUAUUUUGGUGGUUGGUAAUUUUUUUUUUCAACUAGUUUUUGUGCUCUCUAACUUGAAACUCUUCAUAGCUCUGCUUUAACUAGGACUUAGUGACCCGUGACCAGGCUUCUAAAGCCUUGUGUGUGUUUCCUGGUAGUGAUUUAGUUGAUGUUUUUCAGCUUUGUAUUAUGUUUCAUUAUCAAGUAACUGAAAGUAUUGAGCUGAUUAAAUAAUAUUUGUAGGCUGUGUUUUUUUUUUUGUUUGUUUUGUUUUGUUUAAAGGCUAGCUUCUUUAAAGGAAAGGGAAAUAUAAUAGCCUUGAUAUGAUUCAUUUGAUCAUUUUACAUAAGGAUUACAAAAAAAUGUUUUAUACUUUGAAUACAGUAUGUACCAAUUAAAUUUGUAUCAUUGGGAAUCAAGAGAUUAAAAAAUAACUGUCCUUUUAUGACUGUUAUAUUACUUGAUUUGUUCCCCCCGCCCCCACUAACACCAAGGUCCAUAUUGUAUAAUGUGAUUGAGCAAAUGUUACUCAAAUAAAAUGGAGGCCAAGGUCUA